ACUGGUUGUCCUGCCAUAGGGCUCUUUACCUUUAAAGGCAAAGUCCGUAUAGUUAGUAUUUCUUAUCAGAGAAUCAAGCACAUGAUGGAGUGAAAGGAUCUGUGAGUUGGACACACAAGGGACUUAUCUUCAGAGAGAAAGCCGCCGUUCUGGCCAGUAUACAAUGAAUCAUGAUGAUUCCAAGAGGAUCCCAGAUGGAGCGUCAUUUGAUCGCUCAGGUUCCCAGGACUCCUUGGAUGCAAUGUCUUUGGAUGAUUUUUGGAAGGAAGUUGAAAACAUCCAUGAAACCAGAGGAAAUAAUCAUGAGGAACGACAAGCAAUUGUAAUAAAGGAGCCAGAUGAGGGAGAACUAGAAGAAGAAUGGCUGAAGGAGGCAGGUCUGUCCAAUCUGUUUGCUGAGAGCACGGGUGAUUCCCAAGAAAGCAUGGUGUUCCUGUCCACACUGACCCGAACCCAGAAGGCAGCAGUAGAAAAACGAGUAGAGACUGUCACGCAGACCUUGAGGAAAAAGAACAAACACCACCAGAUUCCUGAUGUCAGAGAUAUCUUCAGGCCGCAGAGUGACCCAAAGGGAAAGGUAAGUUCCUGGCUGUCGUUUUCUCUGAUGAUGACAGAGAGGAGAGAGGGGCAGAUAGGAGUGGGAGGAGAGGAGAGAGCAGCAGAAACACGUAAGAGCUAUUUCUAGAAGAUUUUUGUCAAA